CAUUUCAAAGAGCAAUGGGAAAGGGCAGAUUUGCGAAUCCCACCGAUAAAUACCGCAAGGCUGAACGUAAGAAGGAAAUUAGGAAGAAUAAGCUGAAGCGUAAGCAAGUUCGAGAAAAUUUAAAACGAGUUGAUCCUUAUAGACUGCAAGGAGAAAUUGAAGAAAUUGAAGAUCAAUUGAAGACGUCUGUUUUGAGUGACGCUCAAGAACUUGCCUUAAAAGAAAGAAAGCGUAAAAGCGAAGAGACGCUUUCUAAAACUCUAGACGCUUUGAAACUUGAGAACGACGGAAGAUACGAAGAAUUUUUGAAGUGGUUGAGAACUCAUAUCCCCCGAAAGUAUGUCAUAACGGAAGACAGCUUGAUCCCCAUCCGUGACAAAAGCUUAUUAACGCAUGACUCCGAUCUUUCUGGCGGGUCGAGAGCGCCCUCUGACGAUGAAUUGUUAUAUAAUCGGACUCCUACUCUGCUUGACAUCCCAGAAGAUGCUUUGAUCCCCUUAGAUGAGAUCCCUCUUCCUGGAGAGGACAGACUGUCAACUCUGCAGUCCGCAGAUCCGACUUUACCGUGCGAGGCGGAUUAUACUUCCUACUUCGUUGGUACGCCUGCGCCUAUUUCGCAGGGGCCCGGCAAUUCUUAUAAUUUUCACCAGCCGUUUCUUCUUAGAGCCCCUUCUGGGCCUCUAUCGGGGUUUUCUUACGGCCCUCCUGACAUCGUUGAACGCCUUUCUUUAUUGCACGAAUCUUAUAUUCCACCGCCCCCGUGGCCAGGAAACCCCUCGUUUACGAAAACAGUUUCACCCAUUCAUGGCACAGAACCCGCGGUCACGAAACGUGGUGAUCUUGCGCCCGUGGACUCAGAAGGUUUAAGCAGUGCUCUUCCUACUUAUAAGAACACGACGCCCUCACAAGGCUCCGAAAUGUCUAAGAGCACCACGAUUACGGCUGCUCCCCAAAUUAGGGACAUGGAAAAGGAACUACGUCAAUUUAUCCCUUCUUCCAUUAGAAAAAAAACGAGUGAAGCGAGUACAGUUACUAAAAGGCCGGAAAGAUCUUUACACUCUGGAACAGCGCUCAAAAAGUCUUUACUUCCCAGAGUCAUCGCUGCUCCCGAUGUAGCUAAGCCCCCCUAUAAGGACCCCUCUUUGCUAACCACCGACGAUGCUUACGCGCAGUUCGUUUCCGAAAUGUCCGGCUAUUUGUAGCGUUAUUGUAGAAAGAUAGUACUUUGUAAGCAGAGAGUAUUUCUAACACUGACAUUUCAGCUCCCUAUGAGGCUUUAUGCUGAAGUUAUUCUCUUAUUUGUUUAAUUAAACUAGUUUAUCGCUACAUUUAGUUUACCAUCGCUUUUUCGACCCGUAUGGCUUAAAAAUAUUACAGCAAUAAGUAAGGUCCUCCAAGUUUAUAAGCAAUGCAUAUGUAACAAUAAAUUACCCCGUUUAAAGACGUGACCCCUUGAAUUUAUUGUAUUAACCAUAAAGAGGAUUUCGGUAAUUUCUUGUUGGAUAGUUUAAAGAUGGGCGAGAGGCCGGUGGA